AUGACUUUGCUGUAUGUAUCUGCUUCCGCUUCACCCAGUUUCCCAUUCUUAUCUGUCAUCUAUUCAGGAAUAUCUCCAAAGAAAGCAGAAACUCUAUGUUUGGUGGUGGAAAUGUUGGCAGGCUGUUUGAUGUGUUUCCGCUGCAACACCAAUGCUUGGAUUACUGUACCUGUUUUAAGCUCUCCCCGCUUCACUAGGGUCCAAUAUCAUGUAUUCCAAGUAUUCAAUUGCCCGUGCGCAUCCAGUGCUUGUGCAUGA